UCGAACCUAAGCGAUCGAAAUCGCUUCAGAAAACAUAGAUGUCAUCGAAUACGAGUUAUGUAAAACGCAUUCUGCCAAAUGUAGUAAUUCUACAGAUUAUUCCAAUAACAAAACUCAAAAAAAUCGUAACGAUGAGGUUCACUCAUUUAUCUGCUAAGGUGCUGAAAGCAAUGCUCAUUCCGGGGGCCACUUUUUGUGCAGUUCCACUGAUGGUCAAUCGCGAAGUAUGCCAAGGUUCAUGCAAUUGCCCCAAACUCUGUCGACCAUCAGAAUUACCAAUUUAUGGAAACACAGAUUGUUGUAAAUGUGCUCAAGAUGAGUGCCCACCUGACUCUGAGAGGAGCAAAUUAAUAACAGAAGAGCCAAGCAUACUUGAAAGAAGCAUAAGAAACUUACGGGAAGGCUUUACUGACAUAUAUGGAAAAUUCCAACAACAGAAAGGUGUCCUUGAUGACAAAAUCAAUGAAGGAACACAAAGUGUAAAAUGUUUUGUAGUAUAUCUUCGUGAGGAAGCUAGUGACACACAUCGUUUAGGAGCUAUAGCAAUGGGAGGUGUUGCUGGAUUCAUCUUAGCUUUGAGGGGAGGAUUAUUUAGAAAGUUUAUUUAUACUUCUGCGGGUGCAGGAGGAAUGUAUUAUAUUUGUUAUCCAAAUGAUGCAGAGAGACAAGCUGAGGAAGGCUUAGCUUUAACUAAACAAUAUGUAAAAAUUGCUUACAAUUUUAUGUAUGGAGUCAAACCUGGGGAUGAACCCGUGCCUUUGCCCACUCUGCCCAAACUUCCCACAAAUUUAAAUGAAACUUUUGAAUUUGCUGGGAAUUUGGUAAUUAAGGUGAAAGAAGCUUUGCUUCCAGACUCUAAAGAAGAAACAGCUGCUAAAGAAGAAAAAUAAUUUAAGAAUUAUAGCAGAAGUAUUUAUAUAAAUUCAUGUGAAAAUCUGUCUCUGGCAUGGUCAUAAUUAAUCAUUUAUUUGCAUGAUUGGAUGUUACUCCAUAAACCGAUGACACUGAUACUAAAUUAAGUCAUCUUUUAUUUUUAAUUUUCAGAAAACUUGCUCAUAAUUUUUUUACAUUAGUUUUCAAUUUGUAAACCAUUUAUUGUGUGCAAACAAAUUAAAUUAAAAUGAUGAAAUUAUAGAAAAGGAACAAUCUUCUGAAGAUUCAGAACUUGAAGAUAAUUAUCCUAUUUGCCCCGCUCCUGUCCGAGAACCCAUCACUAUACCACCAGAAUGCUAUGAGAAAUGUGACGAUUCAGAUAGCUGUUAUUACAUACCCCCUCCUGACAAAUAGCAUCCCUCCAUUUUGAACAUUUUGGAUUUUUCUCAUUUAUUUAGACAGAAUAUUAGAAAAUAACUUGACAGAUGUCAUUGCGCACACUAAAAUUAUAGUUGAUUUAUUUAUUACAACCUUCUAAAACUGUUCAAUAUUUUAAUGACAUGUAAUUAAUUAAAAUACAUUAACAUUCAU